GGCUCCUCCAUUAAACAUCAGUGUUAAAGUAGUGAUAACCUUGGUUAGGUUUUUUGGUCAUAGUGAGCAAACAAAGCAACAUGCAAAUCUUAAAGUUAUUGGUUCUUUUGGUGUCUAUGUUGGGGAUGACUGGCGGUGCAGAGUGGUGCUAUAAAUCUCAGGUUUCCUGUGACAACAAAUGCAAGGGGCCGGAUGAAUGGAAGGACAUAUCACCAACCUGUGGGAACAGAAGCCAGUCACCUAUUAACAUUGUAACAAAAAGAGUGGAGAGUAUCCACCUGGCACCCCUCAGUCUUCAAGGUUACCAACAUGUUUUCCAAAGCAUUAUCACAAAUAAUGGUCACACAGUCAAGUUUAACUUGUCAGGUGAUGCUGUGAUUGAUGGUGCAGGAUUCAAGGAACCUUACAAAGCAAUGGAAGUCCAUUUUCAUUGGGGCAAGAAUGGUGGGCCAGGAUCAGAGCAUACUAUCGAUGGAGAGCAGUACCCUAUGGAGAUGCAUAUUGUUCACAUAAAGAAAAAUUAUAGCUCUGUUGAAGAGGCUGUUAAAGAUCCAUCUGGACUAGCGGUUUUUGGAUUUUUGUACGAGGAAUCAGACCGUGAAGACAAUAAAUAUGAUUCCAUCAUAAAUGCUCUGUCUGACGUCAGAUUCCCUGGCAACAAAACCGUACUGGCAUCUGUGAAUUUGAACAUGCUUAUUCCUCCCCACGAUACAUUGAUGCGCUACUUCCGCUACAGCGGUUCUCUGACCACACCUGACUGUGCAGAGUCAGUCAUUUGGACUGUAUUUGAAAGCACCAUUAAGCUUAGCAAGAAGCAGCUGUCUACAUUCUCUGAACUCUGGUUUGAAAACGGAACUGCCAUGACUGAUACGUUUCGCCCUGUGCAGCCACGCAAUGGUCGAACAAUCUUUUAUUCCAGAAGCAAUAUUGCAUCUGUCAGCACAGUACUGGUUGUUAGUACUUUAAUCAUUACUUUUUUGACUCUUUAGGAAAAAAGGAUAUGAAGUCUAGUGUCACUGAUUAGACAAUUUGAAUGUCCAGUGCUUUUUUAUUUGAACAACCAAAGUCUUUGUUACAGUCAACAAUAUUCAGAUGUUCUUCUAUCCAGCUUUUUGUAGCAUUGUUUUUACCAUGUGUUUAGGACAAUUGUGUAGUGUUUUAUAAUAGAGAUAGAAUAUAUAGAUAAAAGCACACCUAUAUAUUCAAAGGGAAAGUUUAUCUUAUAGCCAACAGAAGAUUAUGAAAUAAAAUAUUCUAUGUUCUAA